AUGACAUCGGUGCUGUGGCGUAGUUGCAGUAAGAAAUUUAAAAGAAGAAUGCGUAGAUAUGCUCGUGGCUUUUAUGAAAAUAACAAUAAGACAAGACCCAUUUUAAUGACAAAGGCUCCCGCUGUCAUCGAGAAUGACCCAAAUCAUUGGAAAAAUAACACACAACAUGGGAGUUUAUCAGUUCUUAACGUUAACGUCGUCGAUUAUGAACAAAGAUUUCCCUUGGUGGAUCCGUAUAAACAUACCCCCAUAUCCACAGUUGACAAGUUUGACCAGCAAGGCCAAAAUGUGGCGCCCACCUUUCAACAUGAGAACUAUCCCAUGAUGAACAAUGACGCUAAUUACAACCACCAAAUUUUCCCAAUAACUAUGGAACAUUUUGAGGACCAAAGCAUACUCCCACUUACACAUAGCGCUAAACGGCAAGAACGAGAUAUAUCAUUCACUUCUCAACAUGGGAAUUGGUGUGAAUUUCCUAAUACCUACCGUGUAGGUCAUAACAUGCCGUUCACCCUUCGACAUGAUAUAGUAUAUCCUUUGAAUGCAUGUGAGUAUCGACAGGAACAUAAUACUCAAUUCAUCCCACAACUUGAAAAUUCUAGCAUUGAAGUUGAUUCCGAAUAUUUCGGGGAUGGUCAUCUAGCAUUCCCUGCUAACUGGCAUUAG